UACCAACGUUCUGCCAACGUUCCUGUGACGUUUGCGUAACGUGAUACGUGCGCUGACUGGGGACAGUUUGAUAACCAUUUCCGCCUUUUUCUCGUACAUUUCGCAGUGUUUAUUAAGAGAUGCAUGUUAAGAGAUACAAUUUAGCAUGAAGUGCUGUUUGUAGGUGUGUUAGUACAUCCAUAUGGACCCAAACAGUGUCAGUCGCGUGAACUGGGCCAUAAACCGCCGGGCGGAGGGUUUAGUAAGUAAACACAUGGCAGACAUGGCACAGAGACGAUCAGCGGUGUCUGAGGAGGAUAUGCACCCUCUGCCAGGAGACUUGAGCAGAAGCGCAGAAGACAUCCCUGGGCGGCCCGAGGUGAAUUUCAGCGCGGAUUCACAGUCUUUCAAUCCCACAGGAGUGGCGGGAAAGUUAAUGCGCGAGGAUGCGUCUUCAACAUCAGAGACAGCAGCCCACAGACAAAUCAUAUCACUCCUAAUUGAGAUCAAGGAGGAGCAACAGAGGCAGUGGGAAGUUCUGAAAGACCUGCAGGCCAGGAUUCAUGGACAGGUGUGUGAAGAGGAGGACGAGCCGCUCGACGUAGAUCUACCACUACGAACAAUGGAACAGCUUGAUGAAACAGAGCAGCAUUUAGAGGAUACUGAAGCUCAGAAGAAAAUGGUGUCACACCUCUCACGGAUGGGCGGAGCUACGGUAGAUGAUGCGGUCCGGCGUCUUAUGCAUGCUGUGCUUUCUUUCAGUGUGGGCUCAGAGCUCAACUGGGUUGGCAGAGGACAGAAAAGGAGCUUCAGAAACACCAGACUGCAGGGUGUUUUGUUUCGUGCCUUGAAAAGGACACCUGUAGGAAAGGAGGCCACGCACCACCAGUUUGCUGAUGUGGUAAAGAAAUGGUUGCGGUUUGCCCCUUUCCGACAAAGAGGAAGUGGACGAAGACCACACUGGAAACCUGUUGAGUUCAUCUGUCCCAAAUAUGACAGUACUUUGGAGGAUCAUAACCAGCUUAACCAUAACCAGCUGGAUUCUGGGGAGAUUCAGAGACCCAGCCUGACACAGAAGAGCAGCAUAUACCCAACCAUGUCUACAGAGAUGAUGACGCAAUCCUGUCUCAUGGACCGGAGCAGCAGCUUUUUUAAGCUGAUUGACACGUUCUCCACGGAGAUCUCAGAGCUAAAGCAGGAGAUGGUUCAGCCAGCCAGAGAGCCGGAGACCGAGAUCUUACAGGGUCUGGAAGGAGAGGUCAGCGGUCUUUUCCUUCAGUCUUCUGCCUGCGCUGGUACACCUGGAGUGAGGGAUUCUGGAUAUGACUCUCUACGCAGACGCAUGAGCAUUCUGGACAGACUGAUACAGACACACUCUGUAUGGUUGCUACUGUCUCUCAGCGAUGAGGAAGCCAGACGCAUUCUGCAGCCGCAGCCGGCAGGGAGUUUUGUGGUGAGGAGGUGUAAUAAACUGCAGAAAAAGGUGAUUUCCCUUCGUAUGGACAGUGACACACUGAUUGUUCGGGACUUCCCAGUUAAAGAGAGCCAAUAUACUUUUUCUCUGGAGGGCUCGGGGAUCAGCUUUGCAGACCUCUUUCGACUGGUGGCGUUCUGCUGUAUCAGCAGGGACGUUCUGCCCUUCACACUGAAGCUGCCCGAGGCCAUCGCAGCUGCAAAGACCCCUAAAGAUCUAGAGGAGGUGGCUCAGUUAGGAAGAGGUUUCUGGGACUCUGAGCUGUACAAUAAGAGGAACUCUUCUGUGUCUGGGAAGACUGUGUGUGAAGUUUCACAACAGAGACUCAAACAGUGGUUAUCCCCAAGAGUUCCGGCCAUCCCAUUCACACGGACCCCUUCUGAACUUGAAUGCAGUCAAUCCAACGGAGCACUGUGCUUCAUUAAUCCCCUCUUCCUGCAGACACACCAAACUAACCCUUCACCUAAAAAGCAAGAAUCAUCCCCGGGUAACGCAGAUCACCAGAACAGGGAAGACAGCGUCUUUUGCCAUCCAAAAAGCACACAAAGCAAAUCACACGCAAGUGGGAGUAGAUCCAAGAGCGAGAGAUCCCCGCCACCUCGGCCCCCACCUCCCCGCUUUGCCUCCAGCAGAUCUGCAGUUCUUCGUAAACAGAAGACCAUGCCUGAGACAGUCUGUUGGAUCAAAACGCCUCAGGAAAAAAGCAGCCUGCUGGGGAGGUUGGGAUCAUCCUUCAGUUCUUUCUCACCCUCAUCCUCCCCACCCAAAAAGUUCAGUAAACCUAUCCUGGUUCCCUCAUCCCGCAAUAAGAAUUCCUCCAGUCUGCUUGAUGCAGACGGCCUCCGCUGCCACAUGGCCCUGGACGACCAGACCAUUGAGGAAGCCGUGUCUUGGAGCUUGGCCAAGGUGUCCUCACGCAACUCCACCGCCCUGGAGAAUGGCAGCCCUGCAGAUGAACACUGCUCCACCGGACGAGAGCGUCUGAGCGAUAUCAGCAUCUCCACCUCAUCCUCAGACUCUCUCGACUUCACCCACGGCUUCUCGUUGCCCAUGGAGGCCAGUCCCUCCAGAACCGAGCGGCCCACUGGUGACAGCAGCCUGGAAGAGGAAGAAGAGGAAGAAGAUGAUGGCAUCAACUUGGAGAGCGACCAGGAGGUGCCACCACCCUUCAAGUCAAAGAAGCAGAAUGGCGCUGGUACGUUUGUGCUGCCGCGUGCACUGAGAGGACAAUUGCGCAAGAUGAGCAGCGUUCUCAAUUCUUUGAUGACGCCCGAGAAGAGAGCCAUUCGGAAGAUUGUCGAGCAAUCCAGGGAUAAAGGGACUUACUUUGGCUGCCUUGUGCAGGACUACGUGAGCUUCUUGCAGGAGAACCGUGGCUGCCACACAUCAGGCUUGGACCUGCUGCAGACUCUCAGGCAGUUCAUGACACAGAUGAAGUCCUACCUGCUGCAGAGCUCAGAGCUUAACCCUCCAAUUGAGUCCCUUAUCCCGGAGGAUCAAAUAGAUCAGGUCAUGGAGAAAGCCAUGCACAAGUGUGUGCUGAAGCCUCUGAAGCCUGUGAUAGAAGCCGCUCUGCGGGACUUCCAGGUGAGCAGUGGGACUUGGCAGCAGCUGAAGGAGAAUCUGGUUUUGGCCAAAGCCAAGCAGCCCCAGGAGAUGGGUGUGGAUGGAGCUCUGCCUCCUGAUGCUGUGGCCAUAGAGAAGAUUCGACACAAGUUCCACAACAUGUGCAAGAUGUACUCGCCAGAGAAGAAAGUGUCUCUGCUUCUCAGUGUGUGCAAGCUUAUCUACACCAUAAUGGAGAGCAACUCAGGGAGGAUGUAUGGUGCAGAUGACUUCCUGCCCAUGCUUACGUAUGUGAUGGCCCAGUGUGACAUGCCACAACUGGACGCUGAAAUAGAGUACAUGAUGGAGUUACUGGACCCAUCACUGCUUCAUGGAGAAGGAGGCUACUACUUGACCAGUGCAUAUGGGGCAAUGUCUCUCAUCAAGAACUUCCAGGAGGACCAGGCAGCUCGUGUGCUGAGCUCUGAGACCCGUAACACGCUGCACCAGUGGCACCGUAGACGCACAACACAUCGAACCACUCCAUCUGUGGAUGAUUUCCAGGUCAAUUCCCUAUUAGACAUGAACUACUUGCGGGUUGCGCUGCAAAAUGCAAGCAGUGGCUGCACAGCCAAAACCCUUCAGGUGCAACCUUACACCACAACGGAGGAAGUGUGUCAGAUAUGCGCUGACAAGUUUAAAAUUUCGGACCCGGAGAACUACGCCCUCUUCCUCUUGAUGGAUGAAACCACACAGCAGCUGGCCCUGGACACUUACCCGCAGAGGAUCAAGGCCGAACUGCACAGCCGCCCACAGCCACAAAUCUUCUACUUUGUGUACCGCCAGAUCCAAAACCUCACUGUCCCUUCCGACCAGCUCUAUGACAACACUUCACCCAUCUGACAGACCAAACAUGGUUUCCAUCAGGUCCUCUUGAAACUCCUUCUCAGCCACAUUUAUUCAACUCCUUCCCUAGGAACACUGCUUACGUUUGCAUUGUUUUGCAAAAAAAGUUGGAGGGAAGCAUAAGAUGUGCUUAGAGGGAAAUAGGGAAGCAAGAAUGUGUUUGACAGAUGCAGCAUUUUUAAUGCUCCAUCUUCACUAUUUUUAAAACAGUUUGGGAAGUGACACGCGACCAUCACGAGAGAAUAGCUGCACCCAAACUGCAAAUGUUACAGGUUACAGUAUGCCUGUUUAUUUCUUCAUGAUGGUUCAAACAUUCAGUUUAGCAGAGAAACAGGAGCAUUUUGGUGUUAAUGUCUAAGCUUUGCACAUUCCAAAUUGAAUACACUCCAAAACGGUGCCUUCCUCUUCCCAAAACUCUACAUACCUCUUCUGUCUCCUGUUCUUCGCUAUGCUGAGAGACUGUGGCAUUUUUCUUAUGACUGCAUUAAGGUGAAGACUGCAUUGAGAAAGUUCCUUCCUUCAGCAUUCAUUCAGUAACAUGGACAUCUCAGUCCCUAAGGACAAUGUGGACAAUUGUUUUCUGAUGUAAACCUUUUUUUUUUUUUUUUUGCAGUUGCUGGUAAACUGCAUUUUUUAUAUAUAUAUAUGAUUUAUUGUUAUGAUAUUGCAUGUAUCUCUGUGAUGAUAAGAACCAGGCAUUGUUGCCAGUGAUGUUUUAUCAUAUUGCUUUUGUAUGAAUUAUGAUCAUUACGUUUUGUUAAAGUCAUUGGUAGUAAUGGAGAUAGCAGAAAUGAUGAGGUUUGUUCUAAAAUACUGUACUACUACUGCCAAGCUAAAUAUUUAGGGCUUGUGGUAAUCUGGAUCUCUGUUGUACUAAUUUUUGAUUUGACGUGCAGACAAAGGGAUUUUGGCAAGUAGGACAAGUGGAAAGAUCAGUGUAAAGUAAUAAAGAAUAAGGAAAAAAGGACAUGUAUGUUUUAAGCAGGUUUAGAGUCAGUGGUAGAAAAUAUCAAUGAACAGAACUGGUUUCUGUGUCACUGUAAAGUGCUAUCAGGGAAUACAGAGAUGGAUGAGUCGCAUAGAGGAGAAUAGUUCUUUAACAUACAUAACUAUACUCAUAACCUCUUAACUGCAAUAACUUACCAAGUAUUUCAUGUUCUACUAAUGUACUUUAUGUUUGCAUGUUUUGUUGUAAACUCGGGGCAUUGUUUUUUGUUUUUAAGAGACCAGGGUGCUGAAAUGCUCUAAUCCCAUGUAACGAUAACAUAGAAACACUAGCCACAUCUGAAACACAAACUAUGUUUCAAGUCGUGAAAUGUAUUUUAACAAGAUAUUUUAAGUCUGUUAAAUAUAUACAUAUUUAUAUGCAAUCUGUGCAGGAAUUUUUCACAGAUUUGAAAAGUCUUGAUUCAAAAAUAUUGUGUAUUCAUCUGGAGAAAAGCUCAUCCUCAUUCUUUAGUAAGUUCUGCGUAUUUGCCUUUUAAAAUGUACUCUUUUGCACAAUAAAUUGAUGUUGAUCAUCUCUGUCAUCUUUUA